GAUGUCACAGAGCAGCUUUACAGAAACUUAUACAUUCUUUACAUUUAGAAAUUUAUCCUUAACGUGCAAGCCAGAGACAAAUUUUACAAAAGAAACAUUUGUAGCAUGCAUAUAAGGGAUGUGUAUUUACUUUACAGAGACUAUCCCGGGCAACACGAGGCUGAACAUAUAGCGUGAUGGUUUUUCUGAUUAUAUCAUUCUUAAGUUUAAUGAUAGAUAUACACUACCGAUCAAAAGUUUGUGGACACCUGACUGAAAUGUUUUUCAUGAUCUUAAAAGCCUUUUGAUCUGAAGGUGUACGAUUAAAUGUUUGAAAUGAACGUUAUACCAAUUUACACUGCUGAAUUUUUCAGUGAAUCUCUUCCAGGAAUGCCAGUGUUCAGACUACACUCAGCACAUGGGGUCUAAGCUUUGAGAACAAGCUGCUGAAUCUGACUGGAAGAGUCCUUCCUGCUGAAAGGAUCCUACGGGGAGUGAGAGCAGUAAGGGGGACCACAGAACACAGAGAACACAACUGUACACGACACGUGUCGCACUCUUGCUGAGUAGAGUUUGUGUGUGUGUGUGUGUGUGUGUGUGUGUGUGCGUGCGCAGUACGAGUACAACCCAUGUGACGCGGAUUGGUCUAAAGAGAUGCGAGGUCUUCCUCUGAUGACCAGCAUGCCUCUGGAGAUCUGGCUGCUGUCCCGUACGCGCCGUAACGCUGACGUCGCUCACUCACUGCUGCAGACCCUCAACAAAGUGCCCGUGGGCAUCCACCUUCAGAGGCCGGGAAUGAUGGAGUACGAUGAUCGACAGGAGGCUCUGCUGAGGGCUCUGCAGCAGAGAGUGGGGCAACAGGUUCAGAUGGUGGGUCUCACACACUGGGUAGAGUCAAGUGUGACCAUGUAGUUUGUUUAGGAUUCAAAUAUUAAAGUAUUUUACUAUGCUGAAAAUGUUCAGGUUAGCAUCCGUACUUCUUAGGGGUUAAGGUAUAGAAAAUGUAUUGUAUUGCUUAG